CUUCGGGUAGCAGCGCCGCGACCGACCUGCGGGCACGCACAGACGGCUUGAGCCCGGCUUCUUGCACCGGCCCACGCUCCGCUCCGCUCCGGCCCGGUCCGGCGGCCGGCGCGGGGGGGGGGGGGCGCGGUGAGACGGAGAGGAGGGGCGGGACAAAAGAGAUGCGAGGGGAGAUGGUGCAUUGAGAAGGAGCACAUGGAGGCUAUGCAUCAAGCAGCCGAGCGCUAGGCCGAAGGAAAGAUAAUGAACCCAGACUUGCAGAACACAUCCCGUGAACAUGGUCGCUGGCUGGCUCAGUCGUCCGAGAACACCUCCGCAGCGGGCGCCUCCGUGGUCCCGUUCCCGGACAGCGUGAAUCCCUGGGACAUCCUGCUCUGCACCUCGGGCACUGUCAUCUCCUGCGAGAACGCCGUGGUGGUGGUGACGAUCUUCCACAGCCCCAGCCUCCGAGCCCCCAUGUUCGUUCUGAUCGGGAGCCUGGCCGUGGCGGACCUGCUGGCUGGCGUCGGGCUGAUCGCCAACUUCGCCUUCGCUUACCUGCUGCGGUCAGAGGCAGUCAGGCUGGUGACGGUAGGGCUGGUGGUCGCCUCCUUCUCCGCUUCCAUCUGCAGUCUGAUGGCCAUCACCAUCGACCGCUACCUCUCGCUGUAUUAUGCAUUGACUUACAACUCGGAAAGGACGGUCACCUUCACCUACGUCAUGCUGGUUGUUCUCUGGGGGGUGUCCACCUGCCUGGGAUUUCUACCUGUGCUGGGCUGGAACUGCCUGCAAGAUCAAUCCACGUGCAGCGUCAUCAAGCCGCUCACCAAAAACAACGUGGCCGUGCUCUCCGUGUCCUUCCUGCUGAUGUUCGCGAUGAUGCUCCAGCUGUACAUCCAGAUCUGUAAGAUAGUGAUGAGGCACGCCCAUCAGAUCGCCCUGCAGCACCACUUCCUGGCCACGUCCCACUACGUGACCACCAGGAAGGGAGUUUCCACCUUGGCCAUCAUUCUGGGCACCUUCGCUGCUUGCUGGAUGCCUUUCACCGUUUACUGCUUGAUAGCGGAUUAUACCUACCCAUCCAUCUACACCUACGCUACUCUGCUGCCGGCCACCUAUAACUCCAUCAUUAACCCUGUCAUCUACGCCUUCCGAAACCAGGAGAUCCAGAAGGCGCUUUGGCUCAUAUGUUGCGGUUGUAUUCCCCCUAACAUCUUAUUACGAGCGCGUUCCCCCAGCGACGUAUAAUGAAUUGCUAAUGGAGCUGCUCACACUAACAGUAUGUUUCUCAGGCAGUUCCUUGUUGCUGUCAAAUCGCCGCAUUUUAUUUAUCUUCAACUCUUCUUAAAACAUUCAUCUUCAGGUUUGUUCUCCAGGGCUGGUGAGUUUCCUACGAGCUAUCUUAGGACGGGAGCCGACGUCGAUCACUUUCCCUUCCACUGUCACUUCCCGCCCAACUUUCGGGGUUAAAACACAACGUAUUAUCGCGGCUACCGGUUUUAUCUUGCUGAUGUGUAAUGUAUAAAUAUUUUAUGGUGUUUAAAUUAUUAGAAGAUGGUUGUCUCCAUUUCUAAACUAUGGAACUAUUUAAGUUAUUUCAUUUUCUAUACCUAGAGCAAUACUGUAACAUGUAACUACAUAUAUAUUUGCCAGGACUUUCAACACUUCGAUGUUUUCAAUGUGAAAGAUCUAUAAUUGGUUCCUUAGAUGAUGUAUUGUACUUUCAAUAAACAAAAGUUAAGAGACCGAAUCAUAUCUAAUAUGCGGUAGUCUUAAUAUGUGAACAGCAGAUCUUAGAUUUUAACUUUGUUUUCCUGUUCCUUUGGAUGUAGAUUUAAAAAAACUUAUUGUUAGCAUUAUUAACUGAAGUUUUGUGGAGGAUGGGGGUGGUAGAAGAGUGAAAGCGCAUUUUAAAAAUAACCAACCCGAAAUGGUCUCGUUACUGGCCUAAUUGUUGCUCGCAAUCACAAUACUGUACUGCUUUUGAUCCCAUGCCCUUUCUCACUUUAAUAUUAGCUUCUACUUUGUUAGAAAUCCCUGGGCUUUUAAGCUAUUAUUUAACAAUAUUUUAUGCUCUGGGCCAGAGUCAUUAUAAAACAGAAAUAUUUUAACAGAAACAAAGGUAUUGUGAAUGUUUUUUUUACUUUAUUUGUAUCUGAACAAACUUCCUAUUUCAUAUUUAACUCAGCACAAUGAAAUUGAAAUUAAAACCCUCCGGAAUGAAUCAAGAAAACAGUUUCCUUGAAUAAACUGCAGCCAAUAAAAGGGACCAUGCAUAUAAUAUGUAGCAAAAUUAAUAUUUUCAAUCUGUAAGACACAGGAGCAGAAUUGACCACUUGGCCAUCAAGUCUGCUCUGCCAUUUGAUCCAUGGCUGAUUUAUUUUCCCUCGCAACCUCAUUCUUCUGCCUUCUCCCCGUAACCUUCGAUGCCCUGACUAAUCAAGAACCUGUCAACCUCUGCUUUAACUAUACGCAAUGACUUGGCCUCCAUAGAAGUAUUCACAGAAAUGUUCAUAAUCUGCAGAAAUAUUUAUUAUUAACUCACUUUUUUGCACUUUAUUUCACUGGAGACAGUGAUUUCUUACAUGGAGACAGGUACUAAGUCAAUGCCACUUGAUUAGUCCAUGUUAUUUACACCCUGCUAUAUAGAUUUUCCUUUAUUGACCAACUGAACAUUGCCAGCAAGAAUCUAAAAUGAUAGAUUGGUAAAUGAUUGGUAAAUUACUUUUUAUAGUAAGUACUGUAGUCUGAGGUUGUAAGUAGUGUUUGUAAGUAUAUAAAAUAGUCUAAUAUCUAAUGCCAGGUGUGAGAGGAGGUUUGCUGUUGUCUGUUUAUAGCUGUCAAAAUGCAACUGAACAAUAAAUGUAAAAGCACCAUGUUAUGUGGAAAUGUGUUUUUUUAUAUAUUCAUAGUGAAAUGCACUUUAUUUUAGCAAAAAAGGCACAAUCAUGUCAUAUAGGAAGGGAAACAGCACUGGUUCUUGUUGCAUUCUCCUUUUAUCAUUUGAAUGAAAAUAAUUUUCAUUGUAAAUUGUUAUUAAUUUUCUAUGCAUAAAAUGUGAUUAAAUAAAGUCAU